ACAUUUUAACUUUGGUGCCCAGUGAUGACAGGCUGACAAUGCCAGUAUGGUGAGGUAUCUUGGACUUGAUUAUCUCGCUCUGUUAAAGCUGGAGAGGAGAAGAUUGUUCAACCAAGCCUGUUUGUCCGUACCAGAGUCCUGUGAUGAAGUUAACUCUGAUCAAUGUCUAAACAAAAUCCAAUCUCCAUGGAGGGAAGCAAAAUUGGAUACCACACUUUUGAUGGGGGACUCCAAUCCACCAGUAGACCAACUGUUCUCUGAACUUACAUCACUCAAGUCAUGUUGUCUGGAGCCUUAUGGCAGAGAGGGACCCGGUGUGAGGACUUUCUCUUCACCCUAUCCUGAUGUUCAGAGGACAGAGGAGGAGAUUCAGAGUGAGGACCUGGGUUAUUUGGAUGAGGACCUGAUAGUGUAUGGAGAUGAGAACCUGAUAUUGUAUGGAGAUUUUGAUUUGACAGACACUGGAGUCACUGAGGAAGAAGUGGCAAAGGAACUUUACACUGAAGAAUUCCUCACUGAGGCAAUUCAUUCUGUUUCAGAUGAUGUCUUUGAGGAGAUAAUUGUUGAUAUUGACCCUAUUGCACCACACCUUGUCUCACCAGUGACACUGCUCAGGAGUCUACAGCCCCUCCCUCUACAGGACCCCCUGAUACAGCCGAAGGAGGAGGAAAGAUGUGAUUUCCCUAAACACAGUACCUUGUAUGACAAAAACCAUAAAUGUCCAGAUGAACAAUUCAGCAAAGUGGACCUGUAUCAAGAAAACAGCAUGGAGGUUCCACUGGUUACACCUGAAGAGUUCACAUACCAGGAGAUAUUUAUAUCAAGUCUUCAUCAGUUUUCUCCACUUCCAACAGAUGAGUCUUUGGAGGAUACCACAAUAACAAAUGAGGCAGAAGAUAAGUCUAUGUUAGAGGAUCUAGUAGUGGACAGAAGGGACACUUGUUCUACCUCUCUAGAGCUUUCAAAUGAACCAUUUGAAAUAAAUCUGCAGUGUGAUAGAGAGAUCAUAUGCCCUGGGACUGAGUUUUGCCUGGAGUCACCACUGCUACCAACAACACUGUGUGCAACCUUCCCCACCAUAGGAAAACUUACACCCCUACCACUUACAAAAAUUUCAGAUUUCAUGUUACUGUCACCAGGGUCCUUGAACCACCAGCUGAUACAGUCAGAUGUCAACUUUGACCUCAGAUGUGUAGAAAAAUGUAGAUUUUCUGAACCAGCGAUGGAAAGAGUUGACUAUCUCCACAUGGAGAGACUACACAGAGAGUGGAGGGAGGUUGCUGUGCAGAAAUGGAAUGGGUGGAGAGUGGAGUUGAAUCUGUCAUGGAACAUCCACCCUACACCUGAGGACAGAGUGGAUCAGAAUGAGGCAGUUAUUAAGUACAUGAAUGAGAACAAACAAAGACAUAUAGAUGACCUAGAGACAUAUUACAUGAAAGAAUUUAUGGAGUUAGCUCCCUUGAAUUUCUGCAAUGUUUUGCAUGAGGACUCAGAAAUUUCAGGCACUGAGGAUGCUGACAAUAAAUUGACACCUCUGGAGCACAACAGACUAAUUGGUUGUAUCAACCAUUACAACAACCCCAAAAACAAACAAAACAAAGACAGAAAAUCAAAUGACUUGCUCAUGGAUUCCUUAUUAUAUACAGUAUCAAACAGAAUAAAAUAUUGUGAAGAUAACAAUGAAAAAGAUGAGUAUCAGUCUCCAGUUCAUACUGAAAAUUGGUUACAGGAGAGCAGGACUGAAGUCCCAUCAGUGGAAACACAAAACUUGGGGGGCACAAGGAGGUCAUUGCAAAGAAUCACAACACCUGUAACCUCCAAGUAUGGGGAAUGCAUAUCACCUGUGGCCAAGAGCAUUGUGAAACUCAAAACACCUGUGACUGAGACCCUUAGAGGAUGCAGAGGACCUAUGGCCUGGACCACAGUGGGACUUGGAACACCUGUCGCUCAGAGCCCAGGAGUAAGAUCAGUAUCACCUGAAACCCAGAGCCCUAAAGAAUACAGGACACUGAGGUCCCUACAGGAUCCAUUUAUGGAAUCUCCUCCACUCACCGGAAUUGCUGUGAACAAGACACAAAUUCAAAACGAGCAAUGUAUAGCAAACAAAGAAAUUCAGAAUCAGCCUAUACAACAUGUACAAAGUGUUGAUGAAUACUGCCAUCAAAACACUGACCUUAAUAGAACCCGCAGACCAGUGUCACUAAAACAGAGAAGUAAGCCAACAGAUUCUGACAAGAGUAUAAAAGAUAGGCUGAUUCCAGGACCAGUAAGCAGUGGGCUUAAUUCAAAUCAAACUUCUGGUGAUUAUCGAUCAGUGAAAAGGGCUGACAGUCAACAGGCAUCUGGAGCUGAUAUGUAUCGCAGUCAAAGUGCACAGACCAGUACAAUAGAGAAAAACUGUGCAGGUACACAGAAUGAUAGGAGAGGUGCAGAAUCUAGUGAUGCAUUACAGAAAAGUCCCAAAACAAGACCACCAAAAUCAAGGACUAAGUGUAUAGCUUAUCAAUUAGAAGGAGAAUAUGAACAAGUUGUCAGUCUGAUUGCUGAAUAUGCAUCCUUUUCCAUCAUGGCUUUGAUGAACAGUGGUGACCUUGACAAAUCUACAACAUUCACCUCGCUGACCCAUGACUUCACAAGAUUCCUACUCAAAGAGGUCACCAGUCAACCACAGAAACCACAGUUUGAAGAAAGAUAUCGUUCCUGCCUGGCAUUACAUACACUGUGUUGUGCUGUUGAGAUGCUUGGGGUGGCAUGUCUGGAGUCCUGUCUGGAACUAUUGUCUAUUAUACAGGAAAAGUACAAGAAUUGUCUUAAAGGCUGUUUAGAGACUCUUAGACAGAGAUUGUUUUCUGUGAAACUGAGAUUUGACCAGGAGAGAGUUCUGCACCCAAAGAUUUACCAUGUCUGCCUGUCUGUCCACAAAAAACUGACAGGAGAAGACACAGAGAGGCUCAGUCACACAAAGAUACUGAUGAUUUUGAGUAAAGACUUGGACAGUUUGUUCAGCACUCUGGAGCUGAGUUUACAGAGAGUGGUCAAGGUCAAGGUUUGUGUGCAGAACACAGGAGACUGUCAGAGCAUCCUAGACAAUUUGGACCAUUGUAACUGCAUGUUGUUACUCCAGGAUCAUAUUGGUUCUGACUUCCCCUGGUCCCAGUUCUCUCUGAUUAUUGAGUAUGAAGGAGACAGAUUCUUACAGCUGUGUCAGAGACAGAAUAUCAAAUACAUACACUUCUCUUACACACCAACACCUGUCAUGACAGGUAAAAGCAUUCCAGAAGUGAACAUGACUAUCAUGUGUUCUAAUUCAGUACCAGAGAGCUUGGUUCACCUCUUAGAAUCAAAGUAUGGUGUGACCUGUAUAUUCAGAAAUCCUGGGGUGGGGCUGACCCUCCCUUACAUUAUGAUUGAUGAAGCAACAUGUGUGGUUAUAUAUGAAGUGUCUGUGGUUGGUAUGGACUUCUCCACUCUACUUUCUGAGUUAUCCCUCCUAUCUCAGCAAUUUCGAGACAUCCUUAUUAUUGCCAGCACCCAAAACUUUAAUCAGCCUCAAUUAAAACUAAGACAACAUCAACAGAAGCUGAAUUUCUUUCUACGACAAGCUGUUUCAAAAGUACCUGAUCUACAGUAUAAGGUUGUGGCUAGUGACAGUGUCCCAUUGACAGCAGAGAUUGUGGCCAGAUUUUGUCAGAUGGUUCUGUCAUCUGAUGACCAGAACUGGAUGUCUGUCUCUCCAUCACAGGAGGAGCAGUUUCUGACAAGCAUACCUUGCAUCAAUCCUAUUUUUGCUCAGAAGAUGCUUCAGAUUCUAUUCCUACAAGCAAUCCUGGAUCUUCAUCCAGAUCAACUCUCUAGGCUCUUCCCUGAUGUCCCAAAGAGAAUCAUUCAGAUGUUUUAUCAAGGUUUAAAGAAAAUCAAAUUAGAGGGCAAUGUAUCGGAGAAGGAGAUUUCAUCAGAACCAUGUGAAAUUAGUCCAGAAAUUGCCCCUUCCCCAUCAACACAUGCUAAAGAGGAAUUCUCUUCAUCCCAGAAAAAACAGGUUUCCAAUGAUCAAGGUUGUGGAACUCUCAAACACAUGUCCAAUUGUCACGAGUCAGGUCCAAAGAUAAGAAAAGAUUCUGAUCUUGUUUCUACAUUCUUUCCUCCCAGCAACCAAGCAGACACUCGAAUAGAUUUUGUUCAUGCACAGAGAGGAGUCCAGGAGGAAAACAGCUGCUGUUCGGAGGACUUCAGAAAAACUUAUGACAGACAGGCCAAGGAACAGAGGGAUGAAGGCCAUUCAGGAGGGUAUUUAUCUGAUUGUGGGGAACAAACUGAUGUAGAUAUGUCAUACCUAUUGAAAGUAGGAAAAGUCAAGGAAAAAGGACAAGUAGAACAGUCCUAUAAUUCUAGAGUAAAUGGGUCCCAAGAUUAUCUGACUCGAAGGAAAAGGUCAAGCAACUCCUUUAUGCAGAAUCUAAAUGAAGAAAAUUUCUUCUGUGGAAGGGAAACUCUAGAAAAUGUGGAACCUCACUCUCAGAUCAACCAAAUAUCUGACAACCUGAGGAAAGAUGAUUGGAGUGUUAACUUUGAUGACAGUAUCCAUCAGAGUUUAUUUAUUAGAAAUCAUCAUGGUUUGAAUUCUACAGACUCAUGUAGACAUACUAACUUGUACCCUUCUAAUACAUAUACAAGUGGUCAGACUUCACCAAGUCUUCAUUGUUCAGAUGAAAACAGUAAAGAUAUGAGAGAGGAUAUCAUCCAAACAAGUACAGAAAAUGGUCCAUUGGAAGAUGAAGAUUAUAAAAUAAAUGGUGGGAAUUUCCGGGACAAUCUCAUUGCUACAACUCGGCAGCUACUAAAGCAGGCAACCUUAUCAGCAAAUGACAAGAUAUUUCAGAGAGCUGGACCAAGAAGAGUAAGCAUAGGACUGGCAAGACCACUCCGACAGUCCCAAAGUUUUACUGUUCAACAAAGACAAGAAGUCAAACAAGAUGGUAUAUAUAAAAAUCCAACACAACUCAACAGAUGCAGAAAACCAUGUCAAAGACGGUGGACGUCAAGAAACUCAGGUGAUAAACCCUCAAAGCAGGGGCACUGUGAGCCAUGGUUUACUAGCCGAGGUGAUCUCACUUUGGACUAUACCUCAGAGACUAACAGAGGUCAGGUAGACAGAUGGCCAGGGUAUGACUCUCCACCAAUGGACAUUGAGUACGAUUACAGUCUUCAACAGGACACAGACAUUGUAGAAGAUCUCUACAGCUGCAACAAAACUUCAGUAGGAUCCAAUAAAAGAAAGCUGACUUAUGAAAGAGUCCCUAACUCCAAACAAAGCAAGAUUGUCUUCAGGUGAUUAUAAAAUACCAAAACUGAUACAAAAAAAACUUUUAGGAUUCAGAUAAUAUAUAGAAACUGCAAGGACUUCUAACCUUAUGAAAAUGAAAAUAAUUCAUCAAAGAUGUAAUAAUAUAUGUAAAAUUCUGUACAAAAUUUUAUCAUUCUCACAUUUAACAUUAAAUGGUUUAUAUUUUCUGAUUAUUAAAAAUA